AUGAACGCCGCAGCAGCAGCAAGGGCGUCCAUCAUCCGGACGUCGAUGAUCCAGAUCCCCCCCGGCUUCGCCUACAGCAACGAUGUCGAAUCCAUGCAGGGCAGGGACGUCGGUCCCAGGAGCCGUGCGGCACAAAAUUCAUUCGACGAGGUCAGGGCGGAGGAGCGGCAGCGGGCGAUCGAGGUGUUCGACUACCUCGAGUACAAGACGCGAUGCGACUACGAGCGCGAGCAGCAGCAGAAGCAGCAGAAGCAGCAGGAGCAAAAAUCCGGCUUCUACCCGGCCGGGCCCAACGACAGCUUGGACUCGCUCAACAAGCCCCCGCCCGAUGUGGUCGUCGAGGUCGACUCCUCCAGCCGCGGCAGGAUCGUGCGCAUGUUCACCAUUUUCCCUUACAGGGACAUGAGCUAUUUGGUCAACGUUGGGUUCGUCAUUGGCAGUCUCUUCUUUGUGAUCCACGCCAUCUUGGGAAUCCUGCCCAUCAUCGACCCGACCCUCUCCUUCCCGACCCUCCACACCGUCGCCCUGCCCUCAACCAUCCUGGUGGCCGCCCUUACGUUCUUGGUGUCGGGGACCUUUGGAUUCGUCGCCGCCUUCAACGCCAACCGCGGCACCGUCGAGGUCCCCGUCAAGGGGGCGAGCGGAGCCAAAUACCGCCCGGCCCUGAUCGGCUCCGAAAGCUGGAUCUGGUUCCCCCCGGCCGCCGAAUUCGCCAUGAUGGCUCAGAGCUUCCCCUUCCAGGCCGGAGUCUUCUCGCUCACCGGUGGUAUGAUCCUGAGCAUUGCGGCCUUCGCCGGCCUGCCGGGUCUGAUCAACCAGGAGGAGAACAUGACCCUCUUCCAGGGGCUGGUGUUUUUGCCGCAGAUCGUCGGUGGUUCCAUGUUCGUCUUUGUCAACACCGCUCUCACCAUAUUUGUGCAGGACAAGUGGUACAAGCCCAAGCCGUCGUCGGCGGACUGGCAGGGAGGGUUUUGGAAUACGGUCGGUUCGACUGGUUUCGCAUUGACCGGGAUUUUGUUGUUGAUGGGCGAUUCGAUCACAUCCUCAUGGACCAGCCUUUACGGAAGUAUGGGUUUUUUGAUGGGCAGUCUCAUUCAGCUCUACGCACUUAUGGAGUUUCACCCCACCCCCUGGGCUGCCUAG